GCUGGGCUACGCUGCAAGCGUGAGGGAGCGGGGUCUGAGCUCGCGAGAGUCCCGGAGCCGCCGGCGGCCGGGCGGAGCUAUGACGAGCACUUGGCUCGGGCCGGGAACGAUUCCGUCCCGCCGGGAAAUCGGGAGCCUAAGCGGGGCACUACCAGUUUUUGGCAGUAGAAGGGAGGUGUCUGGGUGGCUCCGCCGCCCUGCUUCUUCAUGAGGACGGCAGCAGUGGUAAACGGGGCUGGCGCGCGAGGUGCUCGGGGCAGCACGCGGUGCUGAGAGGCCUCGGUCGGGAGAGACGAUGGCCAAAUGGCUGAGUAAGUACUUCAGCCUAGGCAAUAACAAGACUAAGAGUCCUCCGCAGCCUCCGUGUCCUGACUACCGAGAGAAACACAAUGGUACAGACAGUGCAUCCUGUCCCGACAGACCACCACAUCUCCACAACUACACGUCACCUGGCUUUCCACACCGUCGCCUGCAUGACGGCACCAGUGACUUGCUCCGUGCCUACCAUGCCCAGAAAGACCGUGACUUCGAGGAUCCCUACAGUGGGCCCUGCCCAUCUCUGCACAAGCUGCAUGCCAUGUGCUGCCCAGACUACUCCAUGGCCAAGGACCUGAGACAGGCAGCCCCCCAGGCUUUAUCCUCCUCAUCGUGCUGUGCCAUAUCCCUGCCACCUACAUCUGGCUCUGCACACCUCUUUCGUAGCCACAGUGAACGCCGUGUGGUAAUGCUGCCUGACAUGAAGUACAUCUCCCCCAAGCACCGGCUUAUCAAGGUCAACAGUGGUGGUAGCAGCGAUGGAGCAGACAAGAAGCUCAACAAGGGCUCCAAGCAUCUGAUGACCUCUGUCCCAUCUGCCAUGAAAGAUAAAGUAUUUAUAGCUGAUGACUACUCAGAUCCAUUUGAUGCCAAAAGUGAGUUCAACAGCAUGGGAAAACGGGAGAACACUGGCUAUAUGGAACCAUAUGAAGCCCAGAGAAUAAUGGCUGAGUUUCAGAAGCAGGAAGGCAUGAAGUCCCAUCAGAAAAACAUGCAGCUCUACGACACACCCUAUGAACCAGAAGGCAGUGGUGUGGAAUCCAGUUCUGAAAGUGUGGUGUGUCACUGUUUACGAGAAAGCAAAUUGCCACAGGAUGAUGACAGGCCUGAAGAUGAGUAUGAUCAACCAUGGGAAUGGAACAAAAUCACCAUCCCAGCUCUGGCAGCCCAAUUUAAUGGACGUGAAAAUCAGCAAGCAUCUCCUUCUCCCACAAAUGACCAGCAGAGGCAGUUAAGAGCACCUGGAGGAGGCUUUAGACCCAUCAAACAUGGCAGUCCAGAAUUUUGUGGGAUGCUGGGAGAGAGAAUAGAUCCAACUAUUCAACUGGAAAAACAGAUAUGGUAUCAUGGAGCAAUCAGUCGGACAGAUGCAGAAAACCUGUUGCGUUUAUGUAAAGAGUGUAGCUACCUUGUAAGAAAUAGUCAAACAAACAAGCAUGACUAUUCCCUUUCAUUGAAGAGCAGCCAAGGUUUUAUGCACAUGAAACUGAUGAAAACCAAAGAGAAAUACGUCCUGGGUCAGAACAGCCCUCCUUUCGACAGUGUUCCUGAAGUCAUCCACUACUACACCACAAAAAAGCUGCCUAUCAAAGGAGCAGAACACUUGUCACUGCUUUACCCCGUGGCUGUGCAGACCCUCUAAUAACCUAGUCUCACCCCUUCCUGUGGAUGGGAGGUGAGAGGUAAGCUGGGUUGCACAGAAUUUGUUGCUGGAAUUCAGUGUUUGAAUCUGUGAUGUAGAGUGGCAGCCUUUAGUCUUGAGAAUGUGGGUGCUCUGCAGAGUUAUGGUAUGGGACUGCAUAUAUGGUACUCUUAUGUUGCAGCGUGCUUCUAGAACUGUACUGCUACAUAAGAGAAAUAAAUCUUAUUUUAGUGCAAGGAGAAUAGAUAAUUUUUGCAGAGGUUCUCUGUGGAUGGAAUUACUUCCAAAUGAAAGUUCUUCCUCCAUGUUUUGAGAAGAAUCAAAAAGUUCUUCUCAGCAAUAAAACACCAGCAACUUUUAUUCUCUUGCUACCCUGAGAAACUUUUCCCUGUGAAAGAGUAACCUGACGCUGAGGGACCCUAGGGUGUUUUUGGUGGACGUGAGAAGGAGCUGCUUAGCAGGCAAGUUCCUGUGGCUCUGAUCACUUAGCUUCAUGGAUUUGGGGAUUUUUAAUGCAGUUUCUUGAGGCAGUAAACUGUUGAACUCCUAUUAGGCACACAAUCUUAAAAUAAUUUUGUGAGAGCAAAUUAUGGUACAUUAUUUAUGAAUCGAGAAUGUAAUUAAAAAGUAGUGUGUUACAUAUUUUUAUCCUUUUUGGUAUAAUAAUCUCUUAAGUGUUGCAGUCUUCAUUGGCAAAUUUCGUUCAUAAGUGCAGGCAGCUAAUUCUGUUUGGGGCAGUUACACCAUAAUGUUUUAAGCAUUUGAGAGUCAUUUUUGUAUGUGUAUAUAUGCAUAUAUUUAUGUAUGAGGGUGGUUGAUGGCUUUUAUAAAGCUUUAGUAGGCAAAAUCUUUACUUGCUUAUUCAUCUGGAUCAAACAGUUGUCCUACUAAGGUAGCAGACUAACAAGAAUAUGUCACACUAUCUUUCCAUAAAAUGGCUUUUAUGGCUUUGUAAGUGAGAACUGCAGUAUGUAGCAGAGCGUAAUUUUUCUGGUGUGCCAAGACAUUCUUAAAACAUGGUCACUUGACACAUUGUCAUGGUGUGAGCUGAUAGGGCAACUGAGCACCACAUAGCCACUCACUCCCCUCUUCUCCCCCAGCACUGAGAAGGAGAAAAUAAGUAAAAGGAUUCAAGAUAAGGAUGGGGAGGGAUGACUCAUUAUGGUCACAGGCAAAAGACAGAGUCAUCAGGGGAAGAAAAAAAGAACAUAAAUUUAUUACAGACAGUAACAACAACACCAUGU